AUGGACAACCUGUACAACACGUCUUCUACUUUACAUCUCACCGGCUUCAAUCUCACCUCUGAAACUGUCUUCCCCGCAUUUCUCUUUGCAACCCUGAGCUACUUGAUCAUACUUUUCUGCAACCUGACUCUAAUCCUCACCAUCGUGCUGCACAAAUCCCUGCAUCAGCCGAUGUACAUGAUCCUGCUGAACCUCCCCGUCAACGACAUUAUCGGCUCGUCCGCGCUCUUUCCUCAGGUCAUCAAAGAAAUUUUGACCAACAGCCAAACGAUGCACUACUCCGCAUGUGUGGCUCAGGCUUUUUUUAUCCACAUCUACGCAGCAGGCAGCACGAUCAUCCUCACUGCCAUGGCGUAUGAUAGAUACAUUGCCAUCUGUACCCCUUUGCAUUACAACUCUGUUAUGAGCUCUGCACACAUUAUGAGAAUUAUCACAACUGUGUGGUUAGCGUGUAUCCUUUUAAUAGGUGUGCUUUUUUAUCUGCUUUUGCGUUUACCCCGCUGUCGAUCCGAAAUAUCGCACUCCUACUGCGACAACCCAACUCUGCUGACGUUGGCCUGCGGCGACACGACCCCCAACAACAUCUAUGGGCUUUUCAUAAGCGCUCUUACACAGCUGAUGGCCAACGGGAUGGUUUUGUACACGUAUCUGCACAUACUCAUUGCCUGUUUCAGAUCUAAACGAUCAGACACAAAAGCCAAAGCUCUGCAGACGUGCGCCACACACCUGCUGGUGUUUCUUCUGCUGGAGUGUUUCGGCCUUUUCACCAUCAUCUCCUACAGGCUCAAGAACAUUUCGCCUCAUUUGAGAAGAUUAAUGGGGCUGUCCACGUUAAUUUUCCCCCCAACUUUAAAUCCCAUAAUCUAUGGACUGAAAACUAAAGAAAUCAGAGAAAAGCUGGUGCAGUUUUACAGGAAUAAAAUCGGUCCAUGUUGAUGCCUUUAUGCAGCACGUUGCAAUAUUC